CGUUUUCCAACACUAGCCAUGGAAAAAUGUCACGUCAAAGAAACAGUAGCAACGACAAAAGACACAAAUAAUAAAAAAGCUUAUUUUGCGCUGGAAUUCGUAUAAUUCCCAGUAAAUUUAAAGCCAUGCAAUUGCAUAUUUAGUACGCGCCGCCAAAUUGUGAAAUAAAUUGUAGAGUUUUAAACACGCAGUUCGCCCAGCAGCAACAACGAAACGCAGUUCUGGGCCAUUGCAUUUUGCGAGAGUGUGAAAAGUGCGUGUGUGCAAAAACCAAAAGAGGAAGAGCGCAAAAGAAGCAGCGAAAACAACAACACACAAAAACACAACACACGCACACACAACAGAGCCACCCACAUCUGCACAUACAUACCACACUCAUACACACAACACAAAACUCCAGCGCCGAGUCAGCAAAUUCUGCCACACACACAAGACGGAAGAAGAAGAGCUGAAAAAGAGGUGCCCACAUCUCCAUAAACUCUAAAAAUUCGCGUUUCCAAGUCUCCGGCGAAAUGAAUCGGUCCGACGGCUUGGUGCGACGCUCGGUGAAGCCGAGGGAAAACGGCGCGGAGGGCGGCCUGAAUGCCAAUACGCCGGAUGACAAUCAGGAGGCGAUCGACGGUCUCAAGGACCAGGAGGACAAUAUCGAUGAUGGCGACUCCAAGGAGACCCGGCUAACGCUCAUGGAGGAGGUCCUGCUGCUGGGGCUCAAGGACAAGGAGGGCUACACAUCGUUCUGGAACGACUGCAUAUCAAGCGGUUUGCGCGGAUGCAUUCUCAUAGAACUUGGACUGCGAGGUCGAGUGAUGAUCGAGAAAUCUGGAAUGCGACGACGUGGCCUAUGUACAAGAAAAUUAAUUCUGAAAUCGGAUCAGCAGACGGGCGAUGUUCUAUUGGAUGAGGCAUUAAAACACAUUAAGGAAACAGAUCCCCCAGAGACGGUGCAGAGCUGGAUUGAAUAUCUCAGUGGUGAGACUUGGAAUCCAUUGAAAUUGCGCUACCAGCUGAAAAAUGUACGCGAACGUCUGGCCAAGAAUCUGGUGGAGAAGGGUGUGCUCACAACGGAAAAGCAAAAUUUUCUGCUCUUCGAUAUGACGACACAUCCGCUCAGCGACAAUGUGGUCAAGUGCCGCCUGGUGAAGAAGAUUCAAGAUUCUGUGCUCUCCAAGUGGGUUAACGAUCCGCAGCGCAUGGACAAAAGGAUGCUGGCGCUAAUCUUCCUGGCGCACGCCAGCGAUGUCAUCGAGAAUGCUUUCGCGCCGCUGAAUGAUGAUGAUUACGAGGUGGCAAUGAAGCGAGUUCGGGAGCUGCUAGAUCUUGACUUUGAAACGGAGGCGGCCAAGCCGAAUGCGAAUGAGAUACUGUGGGCAGUGUUUAUGGCGUUUACGAAUAGAGGGAUUCUCUACUCCGCUCCUCUUACACAACACACACGAUACACACACAAACAUAUACGCCACAUCUGGAAUACAUUUUGCUGCGCUUUUGUUUUCAAAACUUUGCUGUGA